AUGUCUCAGACCGACGAUAGUAAUGUCACCACUACAAAUCUGAGAAGACAACCAUCUUCGCGCAGCAUAUUCUCCGUUCCUACACCAAUAAAGCAACUGUUCGACCAAUUCCCACUCGUCACGUACCCCGUCAAUGACUUCCCACAACGCGCUCCACGAUAUCACAAUGCUCAUGUGUUAUACGUCUUCACUACGGACGAAGGAGCGAUUCAAGGGGCACCAUCGCACAACCCAGCAUGCUUGAAGUGGCAGGCGUACCUCAAGUUUUCGAAGAUACCCUUUCGAAUUGCCUCUGCAAACAACCAUGCCUCUCCCAGCGGUUCACUACCUUUCGUAAUCCCGUCAUCCCCAGACCUGUACAAGCGAACACAACCCGUGCCAUCCAACAAACUGCAACGAUGGGCCAUGAACAACAGUGAGAAGGCAAUAGAAGAACCCGGAGAUGUGCGCUAUGAAGCAUACCUGAGUCUACUAGACCAUCGGAUACGGAGGGCUUGGCUCUACACCAUCUAUCUCUCCCCGAACUUCACCACCAUCGCCGAAUCCCUCUACAUUCUCCCAAGCUCCCGCAAUCCCUUUGUGCGCCUCGUCAUAUCUCGCGAACUACGUCUGGCAGCCGAGACCGAGCUCCUCAAGUUCUCAAGCAUCAUCAAUGACGAGACGCUUUACAACCAGGCAGACGAAGCAUUUGCAACACUAGAGGCACUUCUAGGCAAAGACGAUUGGUUCUUCGGCGCGCAAAGACCGGGCUUGUUCGAUGCUAGUGUCUUUGCGUACACGCAUCUACUAUUGGAUGAGGGACUGGGCAAGGGUUGGGUGGACACGCGUUUGCGUGACGCGCUAAUGGCGCGCAGACGCCUGGUCACGCAUCGAGACCGCAUACUAGCUGAGUAUUUCGAGCAGAAGUCUUGA